CGAGCUGCUAGCCGGGCCUAGCGGAGCGGCCCGUACUCUGCGCUUGAUUGCCGAGUCUGGGCAGGCGAAAGGGCCGGCGCGGGCUCCGGGAGCUCCCAGCAUCCCUCGGGCGGCGGCGGCGGCGGCUGCGAGGCGGGGUGGUGGAGGACCGUGUGCUGCGGGGCCGACAGCGGGUAGAGGUGUGAGGGCGGCAGGGGAUCUGAGCGGGAGCCGGGCCGGUGUGGCCGCCGCCGCCACCGCCACCAUGCAGGAAAUCAUCGCCAGCGUGGACCACAUCAAGUUCGACUUGGAGAUCGCGGUGGAGCAGCAGCUUGGGGCGCAGCCGCUGCCCUUCCCCGGCAUGGACAAGUCAGGGGCUGCUGUCUGCGAAUUCUUUUUGAAAGCUGCCUGUGGCAAAGGGGGCAUGUGCCCGUUCCGCCACAUCAGCGGCGAGAAGACGGUUGUGUGCAAACACUGGCUGCGGGGGCUGUGCAAGAAGGGGGACCAGUGCGAGUUCCUGCACGAGUACGACAUGACCAAGAUGCCCGAGUGCUACUUCUACUCGAAGUUCGGGGAGUGCAGCAACAAGGAGUGCCCCUUCCUGCACAUCGACCCCGAGUCCAAGAUCAAGGACUGUCCUUGGUACGACCGUGGCUUCUGCAAGCAUGGCCCCCUGUGCAGGCACCGGCAUACGCGGAGAGUCAUCUGUGUGAAUUACCUCGUGGGAUUCUGCCCGGAGGGGCCCUCGUGUAAAUUCAUGCACCCUAGGUUUGAACUGCCGAUGGGAACCACCGAGCAGCCCCCACUGCCGCAGCAGACGCAGCCUCCCGCAAAGGUACCGUGCCCCGGGCCCGUGGUGCUGCCGGGCCUGGCCGCACCCUGGCCGCAGAACGCUCAGUGCCCCCGCCUCAGUGCGGGGCCUGCCAGAGACCUGGCUGGAGAUCAUGGGAGGAGGCGGGAGAGGAGGGGAGUCACCCUGGUUCCUGCUGAAACUCCAGGGAGUGGAGCAGUCUGCACCUUCUCUGGGCUGGAGGGCUGUCUGCUGGAGCCAGACGCCCACUGGGCUUCUCUUCCCUUCUUGCCUGGCGAGUGCAGGGCGGCGUGGGCGCCACACGUCUGCCGUUCUUGCUUGAGGUUCAGACCCUUCCCUCUAUAAACGGGACUCCCAGCGGGGUGGGAGCGGAAGUGUGGCUGACUGGUUCUGUGGCCGGUGCCCGACUGCAGGGGGGAUGCUGGGAACAGAGGGUCGAGGCAUCAGCUGGCUCCAGUCUCCUAAGCGAGGGGAUCCCACACCCCAGCAGUGGGCUGCUCCCCUCCAGCAUGAGGAGAAGGAAAUGCCAUAACGAAUGGGAAUCUGCAGCAGUGACUCCCAACCAAAGGUGCCUUGGGUUUGGUUACAAGAUGCGGGCAGGGGCCCAGAGGGAGGCUGGCCAGGUGUCCUAGGCAGGGUCUCAGCAGGCUGAGCAAACUGCCCACCAAUCAUGAAGCCUCACCUCUUACCCGGUUGGACUCUGAGCCCUUUGCCGGAGCCUGCCUGGUCCUCCAUGCCAGAGGCCGAGCUGCCAGGAGGGGAUGUGGCCACCCUCGCAGCAUUGCCUGCCACCUUGAGGAGGAUGUGGGAUGAACCAAAGAGAACUCCUGUCAGAGCCGGGCAUUCCCGCGUAUGGGCGCGGCCGUGACAACCUGGAGUUUCCAGCUUAGGGCUCCUGCAAUGACGGGGCCACAGCCAGGGACCCACUCAGUCAGUCGGCGGUGGCCUUGCUGUCCAGGCCCAAGGCGCCCCCGUCCGCCUUGCUCACGCGGCUCCCUAGCAGAGGGCCCUCUCAGCCCCUAGACCGCAGGUCAGCGUGUCAGCCUCCGACUGUUUUCUGUGACUGUUGCCCGCCGUGUAGGCUCUAAACACCUGGCUGAACCAAGCGUUCAUCCUGACCUGAAGCUAGAACCUCACAAACAAACGUAAGGCCUGCUCAUGCCCUUGCCCUGCCGCCCCAGAGACCGCCUCGUCUCUUUGGUGUUUUGUUUUCUUUUCUUUUUCGUUUUUGUGUGUCUGCAUGGUGUUUUUCGGGCAGCGGCUCCUGCCACCGUCACCAGACGUUUCUUUUCCACCUACUCUCCUGAGCCGGGCCACCGUGGAAGCCCUUCCUGCCGGUCACGGUCAUGCGGGAGAAGUCCCGCCCUCUUUUCUCCUGUCCCCAUUGGUAGUCUGCGUGCACGUGUUUUCCGCAGUAAAACCGUGUUGUA